UAGUUCCAGUGAAGUACAAACGAAAUAUUACGACAAGUUUUUCAAACGCUCGCGAGAUAAAUUAUUAUCGAAAAGGUACACGAGUUGAAAAUUAAUUAAAAUUGAAAAAGUUAAUAUUUUAAAUUACCUACUCGUAGACGAGAGAAAAAUUGAUAUUAUUUAUUCGUACAAAUGUUGCGACGCGAUUAAAAAUAAAUACCUAUUCAAAUACGAAGGAGAUGAUUUAAAAUACGCGUAUUCGAUAUGAUUCGGUUCAUGGUUCCUAUUUUUGUGCUCGUUAGUUCCUAAUUGCGUUUUUGUAUCGUGUUACCUGAGAAUUAUCGCGAUUUAUUUUUUUUACCCAUCUGUGAAAAAAAUUGGUGAAGUGACUGGUGCGAUCGCGAAAUGUCUACGUAUUGUCGAAUCACUGGUAGAAGUCGAGGAUUACCGAAACCGAAUUAUUUCCCAUUGCUGCCUCCUAUAUCUCCUGCAGAUGCUAAACGAUUAUGUCGUAUCACCGGAAAAUCAUACGGGUUGCCGACUCAUCACUAUCUUCCAGUCUUGGUCGCCUUCACCAAGCAUUCGAAAACAGCGUGUCAUAUUACAGCCAACGCAGAGACCACCGAACUCCAUCAUGUAGUCGGAGCUGGAGUCAAGCACACUAUCCUGAAAGAUUACCGAUACGUGUUUCCAGUUUUGGAAACCAAUCCCGACCUGCUUCAAAUGCUCGAAUCCAAACCAUCCGAAUUGAGCAAUAAUAAAUACGUUUACACCGUCGACGAACGUAGAUGCAGUUUGGUGUUUCCUGGCAGGCUGGAGGCUGCUGUCAGAGAUGGCGACGUUCGCGAUAUCAUGCUGGCCACUCAUGCUGAUACUUUGCUCCUAAAAUUACGUAAAGGAGGUAGUGUCGAAGUAGAUGUGAAAGAUUUGAGCUUCGACGAAGGUAUGGAGCUCUAUGAAGGUGAAGGACCCAGUCAAGAGGUGUUGCAAAGGCGCAGAAAACGUGCUGCUAAAAAUCGAAGCGAUUCUAACGACUGGCGUCGAAAAAUAUUCGAAGAUAAAGAAAGACAAGCUGAUUUCGAAGAAGAACGCUUAUCCGAAAUAAAAUCCAAACGAAUCAAAGUCAAACUAGACGCCAUCAAAGAGUCACCUAAUCUGUGUAGCUGGAAUAAUGUUCGUGAAGGUUUAAUAGAAUUGCACGCCGAUCCGGAAUUCGAUCGAACUGUCGGCGAGACAAUUCUGCAAUUCGGCAAACAAGAUUUGCAGAAUUUCAUCAACGUACCAGGUGCUCCGAUUAUUAGCACUUUACCUCAGUGUUUGAAAGUUCAAACAGAGAAUGUCGAUCUCAGCGUGUCCGUUCCUGGUAUCAUCAAACAGCCUAUCACCAUCGGCGAGCAAGUAAUUGGGUUUCCUGUUGGUGCUGUUAUUGCUCCCUUUCAUCCUCUGGUGGCUGUAACCGAUGAAGCCAUCGAUAACGCUAUACACGUAUUUAAUGCUUCCAAAGAUGAGCUGAAAGAAAUACUCGUCAAACAACUCGAUCUUCAGGCUCAGUACAGCGAUAUCUUACCUUUGAUUCAACAAGUUCCCGACCUAGCCCAACAACUAGAAACAUUGAUCGGCACCAAGCAGGAAACCAGAACAGAAUUCGGUGUCAAACUGGCCCUAGAAAGUGGCUCAAAAUACGUCCCUGGUCAAUUCUUCGAUACUCCUUCAGGGCCCACUUUUGUUCCUGGAAAUAUCGUCGAGACAUCGAUGGGACCUUGUUUUGUCGCAGGGUUCUCCGUCAACACCGCCGAAGGGGUGAAAUUCUUACCUGGACGUAUCGUCAAAGAAGACCAACAACCUGUUUUCGUUGCUGGCCAAAUGGCAGUUACCAGAGAAGGUGAGAAAUUCGUUCAGGGUCAAAUGGUGUGCACCAAGGAAGGCCCCAAAUUCAUCCCAGGCCAAACUGUCAUCACCUCCGAAGGUGUUAAAUUCGUACCUGGACAGGUGAUCCACAAUGCCGAGGAUCAGAGUUGCAAAUUCGUUCCUGGUCAGACAAUAAUGACCCCGGAAGGACCUCAGUUUGUAUCUGGCCAAUUCACUCAAUGCAACGAACAAACCAUCUUCGUUCCUGGACAGGCUGUCUUGAACGAGAACUACAAUUGGGAGUUCAUUCCUGGCAAAAAUAUGAAAACUGACGAUGGUACUUUUGUCUUUGUACCUGGUAAAGAGAUCGUCAACGAACUAGGUACCAGUCAAUUUGUACCUGGCCGAAUGAUAAUUGAAAAUGGUAGCACGGAAAGAUUCCUCCCAGGAUUAACUGUUGACGAUGGUGAAGGUAAUAUGCGAUUUGUGCCUGGAAUGCAGCUAGAAACUCCGGAAGGUAUCAAGUUUGUCGAAGGUAUGGUGAUUAAAAGUGACGAUGGAGAUUUGAUCACAUUUGCUGUUGGUAAAGUAUCUUCGAGCAGUGCAGAUAGUACCAUGAUCGAGUUUGAUUGUGCUAAAACCACCGACGAUAUUGUAAUGCACGAUAUCUUGUCCAACUUUGGUAUGUGCUUCAGUUCCACCCUUGCUGCCGAGGGUAUCAACGAAACUGAAGUUUUUGGGCACAUGAUACAAUCAGCUGAAGGUGUUGAAUUCUUCCCCGGAGAUGCUACUGGACUUCCAGCUGGUAAAGUGAUUCCAGGCAAACUAAUCAAAGGUAAAGAAAUGCGUUUCAUACCAGGUACCAUGAUCGACAAUAAAUUCAUCCCCGGACAAUUUGUAACCACCGGAAGUGAAGAAAAAUUCAUACCUGGUCAGGUGAUUGAAACAAACGAAGGUCCUAAAUUCGUCCCUGGCCAAGUUCUGCAUACCACAUCUGGUCCCAAAUUUGUACCUGGCCAAACAAUGGAGACUGAAGAUGGACCUAAGUUCAUCCCUGGUCAAAUCAUCGAGACAAAAAGUGGUCCUACAUUUAUUCCUGGCCAAGUCAUUUACACUGAAGAAGAAGGAUCCAGGUUUGUUCCUGGACAAGUUGUCGAUACCAUCGAAGGACCCAGGUUUGUCCCUGGUCGUGUUGUAGAAACUGGGGAUCAUGUCACUUUCAUCCCCGGUCAAAUCGUAGAGACUGAAGAUGGUCUCAAGUUCAUUGCUCCUGACCUUGAAGAUGAUCUCGAAGGUGGAUAUCAGUUCACUGUGCAAGGUUUCGAAGUUGCGCAGGAAGAAUUGAAAAUGAUUCAGAGGAAUUCCAUUCCUUACGCAUGUUUUGUUGGGGAGAUGGCCAUUGAUUCGCAAACCUUACAUCAUUUGGCUCAAGCUGGAAUGGCUGUUGGUAGACAACUUCCUGUUGAUGUGCCUGUGGUUGACAUCAAGUCAUUGCCAACGACUGAGAUGGCUUGUAAAAUCGCCAAUAAAUUGGAUCUGGAUGUGCUGUACUCGGUCAAAUUGAGCCAUAUUUUAUCCACAUUGCAACAAGCUUGCCAAUCAGGUGUGGCAUUGACGAGUAGAGAAAUUGGAAAUGAGACCUUGGCACAGUUAUUGAAUGUGGCUUCUGAAUGCAAUAGCAGUUCAGGUCUUCUGGAGACAUUGGGUAAUGCUCUGGAAGGUAUCAUCAAACAAGAUAUGGCCAACAAGUUGCAGGCUAUAGAUGGUUUGCACACAUUCAGCGUUGAAUUGGCUGCUACUGUACGGGAUAAAAAACCAAGUAAGAUUUUACUGCUUAAAAACAUAAUGCAAGGUAUUGUUGAUGAAAAGAGUCAGGUAAUAGAUAAAUUGAUGAUUGUGCUGAAUGGUCAUAGCUCUACAGUAUCAACAGUAUUUCAAAAUUUGUCACAACAUAAUCCCGAAUUUGUUGAUGAAGUCUUAGAAAAUGUUUCCAACAUAUUGAAAAAUAAUGCUGACUUGAAAGAUGAUAAAGAAGUGAUGGAAGUUUUGCAUAGAGCUAUUAUUAAAAGCGUUAAUGAAACUAGUACUAAACCAGGCUCCAAAUCUACAAAAUCAAAAGCUCAAAAAGCUCUGAGCAGUAAAGUAAAAAAUAACAUCCAAUUACUAGUCAAGUCUUGUCAAGUUGCCAAAAAUUUAGAUGUUGAUGAGUUACAUUCAGUAAAACUCAGUGAUAUAUUAUCCAAUAUUCAGCAAGUUCACCAAUCCUAUGUGCCAUUGACCAAUAAAGAAGUUGGUGAUGGCAACUUAAUGCAGCUUCUAAACUUAGCCUUGCAAUGUGAUGGCAAUGCCAAUCUUCUGGAGACUUUAGGCAAUGCUCUUGAAAAUGUCAUCAAGCAAGAGAAUGGUGAUACAUUACAGGUUAUUAAUGAUCUUCAUAAAUUGAGUAGCAAAUUAGUAGCCAAAGUCCGUCAUAAAAAACCCAACAAAGUUUUAAUGCUAAAAGAUAUAAUGAAAGGAAAUGUUGAAGACAGGGAUGAAGUGAUUGAAAAACUAGUGGCUGCAUUGAAUGAUCAUGAAACUAAUGUAUCAGCAGCAUUUCAACACCUGUCUCUUCAAAACCCUGAAUUUGUCAAUCAAGUUUUGGAAAACGCUUCUGAUUUGUUGAAAAAUAUUGUCGAUGUGAAAAAUGAAAAAGAAGCAAUGGAGAUUUUGCAAAGAGCAGUCAUCAAAACUGUUGCUGAAACUAGUAAAAAUGCUGCCACAAAAACCAACAAAUCAAAAUCUCAAAAAACUUCGAGUAGUGAAGGAAGUAAUGAAGUUGAUCUACUGGUAAAGUCUUCUCAAGUUGCCAGUAAGUUACGUGUUGAUGUGCUGCAUUCGGCCAAACUGAGCAAUAUAUUGUCCACAUUGCAGCAAGUUCGCCAGUCUCAUGUGGCCUUCACAGAUGAAGAAAUAGGUGAUGAGAAUUUGGUGCAGUUGUUGAACUUGGCUCUUGAAUGUGACAGUAACAGUAGUCUUUUAGAGACAUUAGGAGAUGCUUUGGAAAAUGUCAUCAAAGAAGGUGGCUAUGAUAAGGUCAAGACCAUUAAUGAGCUUUGCACAUCAAGUGCCCAAUUAGCAGCCAAAAUUCACAAUAAAAAACCUAACAAAGUUCUAUUGCUUAAAAAUAUCAUCAAAGGUGAUAUUGAAGAUAAAAGUGAAAUGGUAGAUACCCUGAUGGCUAUGUUGAAUGAGCAAGAAGCCACUGUAACUGGAGCUUUUCAUCAUUUAUCCCUUUAUACCCCUGAUUUUGUUGAUAAAGUUCUAGAGAAUGCCUCUCACAUGAUAGAUGGCCUUGUUGAUGUUAAAGAUGAAAAACAAGCAAUGGAUAUUCUACACAAAGCUAUUAUUAAAACCAUCACUGAAACAGGCAUCAAGCCUGGCACUAUGAUUAACAAAUCCAAGUCUCAAAAAGCUCUGAGUCGCAAAGGAAGCAAAGAUGUUGAAUUAUUAGUCACAUCUUCCCAAGUUGCUGAUAAUUUAGACAUUGAUAUGCUACAUUCUGUCAAACUGAGUCACAUUUUGUCCAGUUUACAGCAGAUUCGCCAAUCACACGUUGCUUUUACCAAUGAAGAAGUUGGUGAUGAAAAUGUAGCACAGUUAUUAAACUUGGCAUUGGAAUGUGACAAUAAUUCUGAUGUUUUGGAGACUUUGAGUACUGCUCUAGAAAAAGUCAUCAAAGAAGGUACUGGUGAUAAGAUCAAGACCAUCAAUGAUCUUUGUGCAAUAAGUGUUGCAUUAGCAGCCAAAGUUCAUGAUAAAAAGCCAAACAAGGUGUUACUGCUGAAAAGUGUCAUCAAAGGCAAUGUAGAAGAGAAAAGUGAAAUGGUUGAUAAACUAGUAGCCAUGUUGAAUGAACAAGAGGCUACAGUUACCGGAGCAUUUCAACAUUUGUCCAUUCAAAUACCUGAUUUUGUUGACAAAGUUCUAGAAAAUGCCUCUCACAUGUUAGAUAGCCUCGUAGAUGUCAAAGAUGAAAAACAAGCAAUGGAAAUCUUGCAUAGAGCUAUUAUCAAAACCAUUGCUGAAACUGGUGUCAAACCUAGCCUGAAAAAUAACAAAUCAAAAACUCAAAAAGCACAGACUAGUAAAGGAGGCAAUGAUGUUGAAUUAUUAGUCAAGUCUUCUCAAGUUGCCAAUAACUUGGAUGUUGAUAUAUUGCAUUCAGUCAAACUAAGCCACAUAUUGUCUAGUCUACAGCAAGUUCGUCAAUCCUAUGUUGAUGUGCCAACUGGAGAAGUCAAGGAUGAAAAUCUGAGACAAUUAUUGAACUUGGCCUUGGAAUGUGAUAUCAAUGAUAGCCUCCUAGAAACUUUGGGGGCUGCUUUAGAGAAUGUCAUCAAACAAGAUAAAGGUGAUAAGCUUGAUAUCAUCAACAAUCUUCACACAUUGAGUAUAGAAUUAGCUGCAAAAGUUUGUGAUAAAAAACCAAAUAAGGUUUUACUUCUGAAAAACAUUGUCAAAGGCAAUGUAGAAGAAAAAACUGAAGUGGUAGAUAAGUUAGUAGCCAUGUUGAAUGACAAUGAGACAGCAGUUGCAGCAGCAUUCCAACAUCUAUCUCUACAAACUCCUGAAUUUGUUGAUAAAGUCAUCGAGAAUGCUUCCCAUAUGUUAGAUGGUCUCAUCAAUGUCAAAGAUGAAAAAGAAGCUAUAAAAAUUUUAAACAAAGCCAUCAUUAAAACCAUCUCUGAAACCAGUAAGAAAGCAAGCUCCAAAUCUAGUAAAUCAAAACUGCAGCAAGCUUUAUGCAGUCAAGAAAAUGAUAAUGUCCAUUCAUUAGUGAAAUCUUGCCAGGUUGCCAAAAAAUUGAACCUCGAUGCAGAGCAUUCAGUCAAACUAUGCCAGCUUCUGUCUACUUUGCAACAAGUUCACCAAUCCUAUGUCCCUUUGACCAAUGAAGAAGUUGGUGAUGAGAAAUUGAUGCAGUUGUUGAACUUAGCCUUGCAAUGUGAUACCAACUCAGAGCUUUUGGAAACUUUGGGCGAUGCUUUAGAAACCAUUUUCAAGAAAGAGCCUGGUGAUAAGUUGAAAGCUAUCGAUGAUCUUCACACGUUGAGCGUUGAAUUAGCUGCCAAUGUCUGCAAUAAAAAACCCGACAAAGUUUUAUUGCUCAAGAAUAUGGUUAAAGGUAAUGUUAAAGGUAAAGGCGAAGUUGCAAAUAAACUAGUGGCCAUGCUGAGCGAUCAUGAAACCUCAAUGUCUGCAGCAUUUCAACAUUUAUCCUCACUAAACCCCGAAUUUGCAGAAAAAGUACUAGAAAAUGCUUCCAUCAUUUUGAGAAGUUCUGCAGACAUUAAAGAUGAAAAAGAAGCUAUGGAAGUUGUACACCAAGCUAUUAUGAAAGCAGUCAUCAAAACUAGCAUGAAACCGGGCUCCAAAACCAACAAAUUAAAACUCCAACAAGCCCUAAGCAGCGAAGAAAGCAACGAUGUUCAUUUAUUGGUGAAAUCAUGCCAAGUUGCCAACAAUCUAGACGUGGAUGCGUCCCAUUCUGUCAAACUGAAUCGUAUCCUGUCCAAUUUACAACAAGUUCGCCAAUCAAAUGUUGCUUUGACCAGUGAAGAAGUUGGCGAUGAGAACUUAAUGCAGUUGCUCAACUUAGCCUUGGAAUGUGAUACAAUUCCAGAUCUCUUGGAAACUGUCGGUGAUGCUUUAGAAAAUAUCAUCAAACAAGACAUUGGUGAUAAGUCUAAAGUAAUUGAUGAUCUUCACGCGUUAAGCGUUGAAUUAGCUGUCAAAGCCCGCAAUAAGAAACCCAACAAAGUGUUACUCCUCAGGAACAUGAUAAAUGGUCAAAAAGAGGAGAAAUCUCAAUUGGUUGAGCGCCUAAUAGCAAUGCUGAAUGAUCAUGAAACCACCGUUUGUGUAGCCUUCCAACAUAUGUGCCAACAAGAUCCCGAGUUUGUUGACAAAGUCUUAGAGAACACAGCCGCCAUGUUGAAAACCAUUGUUGACAAAGAAGAUGAAAAAGAAGUGAUGGAAACGCUGCAUCGAGCCAUCAUCAAAACAGUCGCUGAAACCAGCGAGUCCAAAGUUCAACAAGCUUUGCUCAAUAAAAAAGGCAAUGAUUUCAAUCUACUUGUCAAAGACGCCAUUAGCCUGGCAAAGGCUUUGGGCAUGUGUGAAGUUGUCAACAUCUUGAAUGAAGUCAUCAAAGAUCGUAAUUCCGUUCAAGUCCUAGCCAAAGAUACCAUAGUUAUGGAAGUCCUAAAACGUCUCACUGUUAUGAGACAACUUGCCGAAUCCAGACCAAACCUCGUUAAAGCUUUGAAGGAUUUGCACUCUGAUCCUUACGCUGCUCGUAGUGAUCCUCGACUUCGAGAGCUGGUCAGAGAAAGCGCCAUGUUAAUGGUUAUUCCAGAAGAAUCUCUGAUCAAGUCGUCUGCUGAUAUACCCAGCAGUAUAAUGUUUAGUGAUAAUUGUCUGGCUGUUGAGGAUUUCAUGGUAAAAACUCGACAAUGUGGCAAAACCUUCUUGAUCUUGAAGAAAGGUAUUCAAGCAGUUAUUCCCAGAGAAGCAGCCAAAGAUGUCCUAACUGGCAGGGUACCUUACACAAUGCUAGAUGAAAAUGGCAUCCAUUACUUCAAACCACUUCAUGUAUUCAAUGCGUUGAAGUUGCCGAAAGUUGCCACCAAUAGAUUUCAUAAUUAUACCUACAUUCAUCCGGCAUUGCUGGAUGAUGAUUCAUCUUCUGGUACCAGAGGAAGUUCCAUUAGUACAGAAGAUUUACGCAAAACAUUACCAAAUGGUCAUGGCCACCAUAGCCCACAUCACCAUGAGGGUAUGGAUGAAGAAUUCGUAUUGGUUAAAGAUUUCGUAACUGACGAUGAAGAAUUUUACGCCGAUAAAGGAGAACGGGUAAAAGUUCUGAAAACCGAUGAUGAUGAUCCGACUUUGAUGGAAAUGGAAGUUAGUAGAAAGGUCGAGAAAACAAUGCUGUUGGAUUGCUCGACGGCCCGAUACAAGAUGUCGAUUAGGCCUCCUAGAAAACACGCCGAUUCUAGACUGAGAGACGGAGCUGCCGUCAUCAAUGGUACACAAGGGUUACUGGUGCAAAUCACAGAUGACACUACUAGAAGCGGAUUGGUACCUAUGGAUUACCUGAAGAAAGUGCCAUCCAGUCGGACUCAUACUCCCGAUUCAGCUCUACACCUCCGGUCUAAAAAACAAGAAGCCAAAUUUAACAGAGAAGUAUGUAUCGGAGAAUUAAUCGAAACGGAGGAAGAAUUCGGUAAAGAUAUAUCGCGAGUGGUCGAAUCGUAUUUGACACCUUUGGAAGAAGAACUACGACCUGCGCCUAGAUCGGUGAUGGAUAACAAAGAUACGAUAUUUAACAAUUUGUCUAAAAUAUCUACAUUCCAUAAUGGGGUUAUGAUAGCCGGUGUGAAAUAUUUUCUAAAGGAGCCCAAAACAAUCGGACGAACGCUUUUACGAUUGGAACGAUAUUUCGACGAACACGCCCAAUAUGUGAAAUACGAACCCGACGCUCAAGAGUUAUUAGAGAAAAACGAAGAAAUACAAAAUUAUUUCGACGAUUUAGGGCAAGAGCUAGGCGACGAUAAAAGCCUAUCGGAUCAUUUGAAACUGCCAAUUCAACGGAUCAACGAUUACACGUUAUUAUUACAGGAAUUAAUCAAGUACUCGAGAAUCUUAGGAGAAGAUAUCACUGAUUUAGAAAGAGCUUUAGAGUUAAUGCUAUGGAUACCUACGCGUUGCAAUGAUCUGAAAUUUAUCACGAAUAUCGAAGGAUUCCACGGAAAUAUACAUAAACUCGGUCGUCUAAUAAGACACAAUUGGUUUUUAGUCAAAGAUAAAAAUAGCAACAGAGGACGAGAAAGAUACUGUUUCCUUUUCAAAGCUCGAUUUUUAAUUUGUAAAGUUCGUAGAAUAUCCGAAGAUCGAGUCGUAUUCGUACUCAAAGAAAUUAUAAAGCUUCCAGAAGUAGACGUUAAAAACAAUCCCAGCGAUAAACGAAGUUUUGAAAUCCACCAUAAAGAAGGAGAAUAUCGAAACUAUCCGUAUACUUUCACUGCCCACGAAGAUGAUGUGAAACCAGACUGGUUAAGAGAGAUACAAGAACAUGCUAAAGAUCCACUAACACUCGCCGAACACACGGCCGACGACUUGAAACUCCAAAGUCAAGCCGAAGAAGAUCCAUUCGAACCUUUAAAAGGUGUCGAACUAGAUAUCUCACCCGAUAUCGAACAAGGUCUCGAUCCUAUAGAAAAGCGCCUGGCGCACAGACCGCUCAAGCACGUUCCCGAGCCGAAACGACCUCCUUUGGUAAUACCCAAGAAACGAACGCCUAUUUUUGUCUGCGAAGACCCGUCUCCAUCGCCAGAACGCGAACCCGAACCUGUACCUGAGCCAGAACCCGAACCCGAGAUGAUUUCUAGCUAUACGUACGAAGAAUACUCUUAUCAGGAGGAAGUCCACGUCGAGACUGUCGAAGAACCCGAAGAAGAAUGCGAAGAAGUGAUCGAAUUCACUGGUAAAAGAAAACCAAAAUAUAUACCAGGGGUAUCCAGACCUCUGUUCCAUUCCACUAUCAGAGGAUCGAGCAAUGAACGUUCGGACGAAUUCGACGAAGAAUAUAAUUGGUGGAAAUAUACUACCAUAUCCUCUGAUUUCCUGAGAAAAACGCAAUACGAACCAGCUAUAGCAGCUGGAGAUAAUGCUGUUUUUGAGUGCGAAGUCGAAGGCGUUACGUCGAUGACAUGGCUCAAAGAUAACAGACCGUUAUCCGAUAAAUUAGCCGAUCGUAUCUGUAUCACUCAAGAAGGAAACGUUUACAGAUUGGAAAUCAAGAAUGUUAGUGAGACUGACUCGGGCACUUAUACUGCUCGAGCUGAAAAUGAUAUAGGCGUGUCCUACAGCACUGCUCAUUUGAUCGUUGAAAAAUUAUCUGACGAAGAGAAGAAAGCACGAGCCAAAGCAACCAGUCCUGUAUUUUUGGUACAGCUGAAAGAUGCUGAGCUACUGGAAAGUACACAUGCUAGAUUUUUGGUCAAAGUUAAUGGCAAUCCGAUACCUGAGAUUCAGUUCUACAAAGGUGAUCAGCUGAUAACCGCAGAUAACGAACACAUCGAAAUCGUCAAAGAUGGCGCACAUCCAGGUUUCUACGAAAUGGUCAUCGCUGAUGUACGUCCAGAAGAUGCCGGAGAAUACAAAUGCGUCGCCAGCAAUAAAUAUUCAGACGAGACGUGCUCUUGUAUCGUGACUGUGACAAGUGAGAAAGAUAUUUUCGCCGGAUUACAAGAUGAUCUUUCCGGCGGCACUCCUAAAUUCAUGUGGUUGAAAAAUGGCAAACCGUUUUCACCCGAAGAACGAUUCAAAGUUAUUUUCAAGGACGAAGAAGACUCUUUGGCAUUGGUUUUCCAAAACGUCAAACCAGAAGACGCGGGUUUAUACACUUGCGUAGCGUCCACAUCUCACGGAAAGAUUUCAUGUAGCGCAGAAUUAACAGUUCAAGGACAAAUCAAAGAGGUGGAAAAAUUACCCAAGAAGGCGAAGAUCGAAUCGAUCACCAAAACCUUCGAGGGAAAUGUGGGCAGCACGACUGUUAUCGAAGUAAAAGCCACCGGAGAUCCUUUACCACAAAUCAGAUGGUUCAGAGAAGGCGAAGAAAUUGUCUCCGGCGGUCGUUUCAAAGUCCUGUACGAAGAAGAAACCGAAUCUGCUUCGUUGGUCAUUAAAAAUCUAUGCUUGGAGGAUACCGGAGAGUAUAACAUAGUUGCCAAAAAUUCAGCCGGAACAGAUUCUCAGUUCGUUAACUUGACUGUGAAAGCCCCUCCAAAGAUCAAUAAGAAACUUGAAGAUUUUACCGGUUUGACCGGUAAAGAAUUGCGCUUGACUGUUCAAGUCGACGCUUCUCCCAAACCCAUCGUGCAAUGGUACAAAGAUGGAAUGACGAUAGUGAAAUCGAGUCGUUUCAAGUACGUCACAGAUGAAGCUUCUGACUCCUAUACAUUGGUCAUUGAAAACGCGACGAUGGACGAUGCCGGUCUGUACUCGGUGGUGGCAUCCAACGAAUUUAGUCAAGUCUCAGAUCGAUGCCACGUCUCGAUGGAAAGCCCUCCGCAAUUCGUUAGCACUAUAACGAAAGAACUGGAGACAUUGGAAGGGGACUACGUUUCGUUUACGGUCACAGUCGAAGGUGAUCCGUUACCAGCAGUCAAAUGGAAAUUCAACGGUAAAGAAAUCAAACACGAUGGCAAACAUUAUAAAAUUAGUUCGGAAGAUGCCACGUUCACUCUGCUCAUCAGUGAAGUCGAUAGAGAAGAUGCUGGAAUGUAUUCGUGCGAAAUCAGCAACCAAUGGGGUAGUAACGAAUGCGACGGACAUCUUUAUGUCAAAUGUUUACCUAGAUUUGAUAAAGAUCUCGAAGAUAGAAAGGUUAAAGAAGGAGAUUGCGAUGUCGAAUUCACUCUGAAAUUGAACGCUUUCCCGAAAGCUACGGUUAAAUGGUUCCACGAUGAGGCGGAGAUCACUUCUAAAAAAAAAGAAUACACGAUUGUCGAAGAAGGCGAUACUUUGAAAUUGAUUAUCAAAGAAGCUACCACCAAAAUGUCCGGUAUUUAUAAAUGUCGCGCUGAAAACGAAGUCGGAUUCAAAGAAACCACAGCGAAGCUAUCGGUUUGCACUUUCCCUAAAUUCAAAAAGGAACUCAGUGACGUCGACGUAAAAGAAGGCGAAACACUGAAACUCACCAUUCAAUGUGCAGGUGUCCCAGAACCCGAAGUAAAAUGGUUCAAAGAUGGCGAAGAAUUGUACAGCGAUUCACGUAUCAAAAUAUCUCGCGAUGCUAAACGUAUCGAGAACUAUCAUUUGACCAUAACUUUGAUCAAAUCGGAAGAUGGUGGAGAAUACGAAGUACGAGCUACCAACGAAAUGGGCACAGCUGUCACCAAGAGCUUGGUAACAGUGCUGGCUAGCACUAAUCAUUCGACGUUGACAAGAAGCGAACAAGACGAGCAGAUUAUACCGAAUGGAGACCAGGAAGUUACUAAAACUGAAGUAGAAGAAUGCAAAGUCGCCGACGAACAGGUAAAAGACCAAGUAACCGUCAAGUUGCCCGUAAGGCGGAAACCGAGCGUUGAAAAAACAGAAAAACAAGAGCCCAAUAAAAGUGAUAAGACUCCUUUGCGGAAACGUCUCUCUUCAGAAGCAGCCGACGAGGAAACAUUCAGCGUUCGAGAGCUACGCAGCGAAGAGUUCGUGGCUGCUGCUGAAAUGAAACCUAGCAGCUUCGGUGUAGUCGAAGAACCUCCCGAGAACGAGCAUUAUAUUAAGAUCAACAUAAGUCGAGGUGUUUCCAUCGUUUCCAUCUCCGAAGACGAAAAUCCAGAAGAUUCCAACGUCAAUGCUGAUCUCAACGUGUCGAAAAAAUCAUCUACCAAUGUCUACGAGCUAAACGAAGAAGACGAGUUGAAUUUAGAAAUGAAUGAAAAAAUAUCCAGAUCGAAUUCGCGCGAAGGUAUCAUCAAAAGACACAGCUCGAAAACCGGCGAAGAUUUAUUGAACGAAAUCAACCGAAAAUUAUCCGCAGCCGAAGGCGAAAGCAAAAUAGACAUUAUUAGUUACGACAGCUCGAGAAAAUCAUCGAUGAUCGAAGAAAGCGACGUGAAACCUGCUCAAAAAGCAGCUCUGCUCGAACGACAGCAAUCCAAAGUGGCCGAAAUCGAGGAAAGAAUCAUCGCUCGGAAAAGUUCACUGAAAUCGAUGAGUAGUUUCGACGAUACCGCCAGGAAACCCACGAAAGCGGUCAGUUUCGACGAACAGCCGUCUCGUAUUAUCGAUUCCGGCGAAGAUGACGGAUGCGAGGAGCUAUUCAAGAGGAUCCAAACACAACGUAGUAUCUUGGGUGAAAUCCUAGAGAAACAGCAAGAAUCGCAGAAUAAAGAAUUGGAAGAACGAAGGAGUCGUAGACGUUCGCGCGAGUUGUCUCAAGCUGAUAUACCAGAAGAGCCGAAAAGCGUUACGGAGACUGCGCUCGAGAAACCUAAACGAGCAGAUUCCUACGAGGUCGUAGAAGCCGAAGAAAAACGUCAAAAAUAUGCCGAGAAAUCGAAACCAACCGAAGAUUCGCUCGAUGCGUCCAAGCAAGGGAAAUCGUUCGAGGCGUCUGAUCUGAAACGUAAAUCGAUCGACGAAUCGAAAAGUCCCCUCGAACAAACGCCCAGAACCUCGAGACGUGCCAGUGCUCUCGAUUUGGAGGAAAAAAUCGAUAAAUCGGUACCGGAUCCGGAGAAAGCCGAAGUGACAGAAUCAAAAACAUCUCAAAGAGGUAGCUCUUUCGAUACAAAAGAUGCACCAGAGGCUGAAAAACCAACCGUUGAAGAGCCCAAAACACCUCAGAGAGGUAGAUCGUUCGAAAUAGCCGAGAAAACCGACGAAUCUGCCGAGACGCCAACUCGACGCAGAUUCUCGAGAACAUCAUCGAUUAAAACUGCAGAAUCCGAAGAACCCGAGGAGAAAUCCACUCCUAGAACGCUCUCUAGGGCAUCUUCCAUUAAAACCGCAGAACCUGAAGAACCUUCCACUCCUAGAAGGUUUUCUAGAGCAUCUUCCAUCAAAACCGAAGAACCCGAAGAACCUUCCACUCCCAGAAGGUUUUCUAGAGCAUCUUCAAUUAAAAACGCAGAUGCUGAAGAACCCUCCACCCCCAAAAGGCUCUCCAGAGCAUCUUCAAUUAAAACUGCAGAACCCGAAGAACCUAGUACUCCACGAAGAUUAUCGAGAACAUCGUCGAUUAAAACCGCAGAAGUAGAAGAAGCCGCGGAAAAAUCCACUCCACGUAGAUUAUCAAGAUCAUCGUCGUCAAAACCCGACGAAUCCGAUGAAUCUAAAUCUCCUGCCAAAGCUGAACUCCUAGAUGUAUCUGAAAAACUCGAUAAAGAAAAAGACGAACCGAAAAGCGUUAGUGAAACAAAACCUAAAACUCCCCAACGUGGCAGAUCCGUCGAAAUCAAAGAACUAGCCGAGAAAUCCGAAGAACCUACCAAGCCUUCGGAACAGAAACUAAAAACUCCCUCUAGGGGUGUAUCGCAAGAUAUCACAGAUGCCGAUGAGGUUAUGUUCGAGAAAUCUGAAUCGAAAACUCCCAAAGUUUCAGAUCUCGAUAAAACCCCGAGUCAAAAAGCCGAAGAAGGUGAAACGCAGAAAAAAGGAGACGAGUCUGAUGCUAAACGAACUAUCAAAAGGAUGCCUACCGAACGUUCUUCUACCUUGGAAUCGGUUCCGGACUUGUCGAUGGAUGAUGAAAAGGCAUCUAAAAGUAAACGAGCCUCGUUGGCUGAAGUGAAAGAAGCAAAAGGAGAGUAUCCUAGAAUUUUAUCUGGUAUGGAGAAAGAUAUCGAUACAUUUGAGACUUUAUCUGCCGCAUUCGAAGUGGUUGGAUUCGGAGUACCUCGUCCUACAGCUAUAUGGUAUAAAAACGGAGAAGAACUUAACGAUUCGAAACAUUUCGCUAUGACAGAAGACGGCGAUAAAUAUAAAUUAGAGAUAUCAGAUUUAAAAUCUAUAGACGCAGGCGUCUAUUCGGUUAAAUUGGAGAACAGUAUCGGUGAAACUUCUCAGGAAGCUAAAUUAAUCAUAUCGAACGUUGAAAACUUACGUGGACCUAAACUGAGAGAAGGCCUGAAAAAAACCACAGUCACCAAAAGACAGAAAGGUGUACUUGAGGCGACAUUCGUCGCUGAUCCUGUACCAGAGGCCAAAUGGACCGUCGACGAUAGAGACGUUAAUGCAGAAUUCAACGUCAAAGUCAAAGAUAUCGAGUUAGGAUUGAAAGAGUGCACUUACACGAUGACGAUACCCUCGACCGAGCUUAGCGAUACCGGAACGUAUAAAGUUAAAGUUACCAAUAAACACGGAAGCACGGAUUCUAGCGCUUCGUUGACCAUUGUGAUGGAACCAGAAAUUGACACAUUCCGAGAUCUAGUCGUUCCUCCGACUAUGCCUUGUACGUUCGAAGUGAUCGUCAAGUCGACUCCUGAAGCCACAGUUACCUGGUACGCGAACGGUAAAGAAAUCACAGAAGAAGGACAAAAGUUCAAAAUUACUUCGGAAAAAGUAGACGAGUACAGAACGGUGCAUCGUUUAUCGAUCGAAGACUGCUCGUUGCCUGAUGAAGGAGAGUAUAAAAUACUGGCCAAGAAUAAAGUUGGAUCGAAUAGUCAAGUCGCCAGUCUGAAGUUGUACACUGAAAAACCCUCUUUUGUGAAAUUGCUGGAAGAUAAAUCUGUCCAAGAUGGAGAUCAAUUGCAAAUGAAAGUGAGAAUCAACGGAUUACCCAAGCCUGAUGUUAAAUGGUACAAAAAUGGUGAAGAAAUCGAAUCCAGCGAUCACAUGAAAAUCGAAAUUUCAACAGAGGGUCAAUUAUCCACCAGCCUGACUAUCGAUCACUUUUCCGAAUGCGAUGUGGAUGAAUACAAAGUGACUGCCAAAAAUCUAGUCGGUGAAAUCGAAACGUCCGCUAAACUAACCAUGGCUCUGAUCGAACCGUCGUUUGGCGAAACACUCAAACGAGUUACCGAAGUUAGCGACGGAGAACCUUUGGAAAUCAGCACCAAAGUCAUGGGAAGCCCUAUUCCUGUGGUCCAAUGGUUCAAGGAUGGCGAAGAAAUUAAACCAGAAAAUACCCGAAUCAAAAGUUCAGUCAGUCCAAAGGGCGAUGUCAAGCUCAAUAUCGAUAAAGUUGAUUUGAACGAUUGUGGAGCUUAUAAAGCUGUCGCUACGAACGCUUUAGGCAAGAGUAUCGCCAACACCGCGGUCGUCGUGAAUCAGGCUCCAAAAAAACCAUCCUUCAUCAAAAACCUCAGCGAUGUGACUGUCGUAGAAGGUGAACCAAUCAAAUUGGAAGCUCAAGUAGCCGCAUUCCCAGAACCUAGAGUUAAAUGGUUAAAAGAUGGCCACCAAAUACACCCCUGUCCUCAAUACGAUUUCAUAUCAGCUCCCAAUGGAAUCUACGGAUUAACCAUCGAACGUUCAACGAUACCCGAUCUGGGCCAGUACUCGAUUGUCGUAUCCAAUAAAUGUGGCGAUGAAACCAGCAACAGUGUGGUCCGAGUUACUCCAGCUGAUAAAGCACCCGCCUUCCAAACACAAUUACAACCUACCAAAGUUGUAGAAGGAUAUCCAGCCAAAUUAGAGGUCAAAGUGACCGGUUUCCCAUUGCCCAAAUUGACCUGGAAAUGCAAUGGUCAACCCAUCAAGAUUGAUAAUGAAAAUGUGAAAAUCGUCUCAACUCCCGAAGGUGCACAUUGCCUGCUGAUCGAGAAAGUCACCAAAGAUCAUACCGGAGAAUACGAACUGGUUGCUAGUAACGAUAUUGGAGACAAUUCCACCAAAGCUCAGCUCACAGUUGCUUCUCGUUCGAAUUCUGAAGCAGAAAACGAGAAACCCAUAUUCUUAUCCGGACUACGAGACACAUCAGUGGACGAAAGCAGCGUACUAUCGAUGUCAGCUCCAUUCCGGGGUAACCCGAUCCCAGACGUUCAAUGGUUCAAAGACGGAACCCUGUUAUUGCCAGAUGAACGAAUUCAUUUCACUUGCGACGGAUACAAGGUCGGAUUGGAAAUUCAAGACGUCAACAUGGCUGAUACCGGAUUCUAUUCUUGUGCUUUGAAAAAUCCAUAUGGCGAAGAUUCUUCGGCAGCUCACGUCGGUGUACGUAAACUUUAUCAAUCUCCUGUGUUCACACAGCGUUUCAAGCAUCAACAACAACUACCCAAACACGAUGCCAAAUUCCACUGCCGAGUGACCGGUGUACCUUUUCCAAGCGUUAUGUGGCAUUGUAACGGACUUCCUCUAUCGAAUUCGAAUAAAAUACAAAUUAGAAGAGACGGAGACGUGUGCUGCUUGACGGUAUUCAACGUGAACCUAGACGACGAAGGCACCUACAGCUGUAUUGCGAGUAAUCGAGAAGGCACAGCUACUUGCGAAGCUCAGCUUCAAGUUGUAGACAAAAUAGAUACAACUCCUAAGCAAGAACCGCCUCAGUUCAUGAAGAAAAUCGGAGAUUGCGAAAUAUACGCCGGUAUGACUGCUAAAUUCACCGCAUGUGCCAGCGGCGUACCUGAGCCAGAGUACGAAUGGUUUUUGGAUAAUAUUCGUAUUCAUCCUAACGAUCGAUUGGAGAUGGAGAAAGAAGGCUCGGGACUCGUUAGGUUGAAGAUUCUCGCUUCUAAUCCAGACUUGGAUACCGGAACUUAUAAACUUAGAGCUUUCAAUCCUCACGGUGAAGUUUUCUGCGAAGCUAAAAUCAUUUUCGAUAGUGGUUUGGAAAUGAAACACAGAAAACCAGUAGGAGAAUUGUACAGAGACUUCGAUAAAUUCCGAGCCACCGGAGCACCGCUCCCUCUAGCCGAUAAACCAAUCAUCAGUCGGAUGACCGAUCGCCACUUGACACUGUCGUGGAAACCAUCGAUACCGAUCAGUCCUCGCGAACCGGUCACCUACUUAGUUGAAAUGGAAGAACAACCGAAUGGAAAAUGGUUCACUGCUCGAGCGGGAAUUAGAAGCUGCGCUUGCGAUAUUCAUAAUUUGAAACCAUUCGUCGAUUACAAAUUUAGAGUCAGGGUUGAAAACAAUUACGGUAUAAGCGAUCCGUCUCCAUUCGCUAUCACCUACAGGGAGAAAUUGGAACCUGAUCCGCCGAAAAUUCGAACACAUUUGCUUCCUGGAGCGCAAUUCCACCCGGAUACAGCACAUUACUUUCCGAAAGACUUUGAUAUCGAGAGACCGCCUCAUGAUAAUUAUGCUCAAGCUCCCAAAUUCCUCCGUCAAGAAUACGACACACAGUACGGCGUAAAAGGACACAACGUGAAUUUAUUCUGGUUCGUUUACGGAUACCCGAAACCAAAAAUGACCUACUACUUUAACGACGAGCUGAUCGAAAUGGGUGGUCGAUACGAUUCCAGUUAUACUCGUAAUGGACAAGCUACCUUAUUUAUUAACAAAAUGUUGGACAGAGACGUCGGUGUUUACGAAGCAGUCGCUGUCAACGAACAUGGCACCGCUAGACAAAGAGUCCAACUGAGAAUAGCCGAAUAUCCGGAAUUCCUCAAGAGACCCGAAGAAUCGUGGGUACCUUUGCGUAAAACAUGUCGUCUGGAAGCUCGAGUCAUCGGUGUGCCUUAUCCAGAAAUCAAAUGGUACAAGGAUUGGCAGCCUUUGGGACCGUCUUCCAGAAUUCAGAUCGAUCAAGUUGAACCGGAUCUUUGUAUUUUACGUAUCACCGACUUGAUCACCAAAGACGAAGGAUUGUACAGUAUCAGCGCUCGAAAUAUUGCCGGAUCUAUUUCGACAUCUGUGUAUUUACACGUCGAAGAAAGCGAUUACGAUACCAUCGUUGGAGGUAAAAAGGGCGAAGUCAAGACUAGAAAUAAGAAAUUCGACGAUAUUUACGAUUUGGGAGACGAACUUGGCAGAGGAACGCAAGGAAUCACGUUCCAUGCCGUUGAAAGAAAUACCGGUAAAAACUUGGCUGCCAAAGUUAUGCAUGGUACUGGUGAUUUGAGGAAGUGGAUGUCCAACGAAUUAGAUAUUUUGAAUCAUUUGAAUCAUAGGAAUAUCAUCAGACCUUAUGAUUCUCUGAUUACGUCCAACUCGUUCACUAUUAUCGAAGAACUCGGCGCUGGAGGCGAAUUACUCGACGUAUUGACCCGAAAAACCUACAUUACCGAAUACGAGAUCUCAUUCUACAUCAGGCAGCUUCUAUUGGCUUUGGAUCACAUGCACGAAUUCAAUAUAGCUCAUUUGGGAAUAACGCCCGGAGACCUAUUAAUAUCCCACCUAGGUGGAGACCACUUGAAAUUAACAGAUUUCGGUCUAAGCCGACGAAUAAAUUCGAGAAAACUCGAACCCUUGUUCUACGGUAUGCCCGAAUUCGUCGCCCCCGAGGUAGCCGGGGGUGAAGGAGUGAACUUGUCGGCAGAUAUGUGGUCUGUAGGCGUUAUAACUCAUCUGUUGCUUACCGGCGUAUCGUUAUUUAGAGGUAAACAUGACGUAGAUACGUUGGAUCGAAUUAAAGAAGGAAGGUACUCCAUCGAUACGCAAAUCAGCGACGAUGCUCGAGAUUUCAUUAUUAAAUUACUGACGAUCAACUCGAAUAGCCGUCUGGAUGUCAGACAGGCUUUGAAUCAUCGCUGGAUUAAGAUGGCCGAGAACCUGAGCCCGCCUCCGGAUAGUCGUCAGAUAAAUACGGAGAAUCUUCGCAAUUAUUAUAAUCAUUACAAAGACUGGUACAGCAAUGCGAGUUGUAGGACGUGGUUCCGACGUAGAACAUUCGAUAGCGCGUAUCGUGAUCCGUCUCGUAUGAUUUACCCACCGGGAUUGGGAUAUUCGCCAGCUCCGUCUCCGGAACCGCAACUCCAUAAGGAUAUGAAUCACGAUCAUAAAUCAUGGAAAGAUAGAAUACCCUCCAGAGAACCUUUAGAUGUCGAUAUCGGUUUGAUUAAAAACGAAAGCCAUUAUCAAUACGGUCCGGAUACUUACCUUUUACAAUUGCGAGACGUCGAUUUCCCGGUACGUUUGCGAGAAUACAUGAAAGUAGCCAAAAGUACCUCGGACCAUAUCGAUUGGCAAGCUCCGGUGAUUCGAGAAAGAAGACGAUUCAUGGACGUUAUGGACGAAGAAAUUGACGACGAGCAAAAGGCGCGCAUUAAUCAAUAUGGUAGUGCAGAUAUUUAUACGUUAAGAAGGCUUAAACAGGAGCUUGGUGCUCGACCGACGGCUCAUGUCGAAGCCGAAGCAAUUCUGGGAUCGAGAAUUGAUGGACUGCCGCCAUUUUUCCGAGAAAAACCUCAAACUAUACCGAUCGAAGUUGAUAAACCUGCGGAGCUCGUAUGUUACGCUGUUGGAAGCCCUAAACCUCUGGUUCAGUGGUUCAAGAAUGAUCUAGUCAUAACCGAAAACCAUCGUAUUAAAAUAUUUGAAGACAACCAAGGACGUUCUAUUCUUCGUCUUGAUCCGGCCAAUGAUUACGAUUUAGGCAUCUACAAAGUAGUCGCUAGAAAUAAAUUCGGUCAGACUACUGCCAGAGCUAGGAUGGUGAUUGCAAGUGAGCCAGGACCACCAGAACCGCCGGAAGUUUGCGAUGUAUCAGAUACAGAAGUCUUACUCAAAUGGAAACAACCUAAAGAAGAUGGAAAUACUCCAGUUUUAUGUUACGGAUUACAGAUCUUAGAAAAUGAAAAAGGACCGUGGAAAACGUUGGCUGAAAACAUCGAUCACGAAGCCUGGCUCGUGCAUGAUCUAGUGUCCAGUAGCGAAUACCAGUUUAGAUUAUUGGCUAUGAAUAAAAUAGGCUGGAGUAUACCUGGCUUCCCUACCAUUGCUGUGACUACCAAAUUCGCAGGAGCCGAAAAAUUGAACGUACCUCACGUACUGCGAAAUUUACAGAUCGUGUGCGAGAGAGGAAAAGAAAUUAUCGGAGAGGAACCCCCAACUAUACCAGAUUACUCUCUAGAACAUAAACAUAUUCAAUGGUGUGAACAGCCAUCCGAAGACAAAUACAGAUUCGUCUCCGAAAUAGCCAGAGGACGAUUUUCGAUCAUCGUCAAAGGUAUCGAUUCCUCGACAAGUAAAGUGAUUGUUGCUAAAUUAAUGGAAAUAAAUGCUCAAACAGAGCCUGAAAUCGAAAGAGAAUUUGAAAUAUAUCGUAUGAUGAGGCAUGAAAGAAUAGCCAACCUGGCUGAAGCUUUCAAGUUGCAGUACUCUUCGGUGGCUAUCUUUAUUAUGGAAAAACUCCAAGGAGCUGAUGUAUUGACUUAUUUGACCAGCAGACACGAUUAUAGUGAACAAAUGGUUGCAACUAUAAUUACACAAGUACUAGAUGCUCUCCAGUACUUACACUGGAAAGGAUACUGUCAUUUGAACCUUCAACCCGAUAAUGUUGUAAUGGCAUCUGUACGUAGUCUACAUAUUAAAUUAAUCGAUUUCUCAUGCGCUCAACACGUUAAUAAAUUAGGAACAGUGGUAAUGAAUAAAGGACCGUUAGAAUACACAGCUCCGGAAGUAUUAUGUGAUGAGCCAGCCUUCCAGUAUUCGGAUAUUUGGUCGGUUGGUGUAUUAACCUAUAUUCUCCUGUCGGGUGUAUCUCCAUUCCGAGGAUUCACCGAACUAGAAACUAGACAGAAUAUCACCUUUGUUCGAUACAGAUUCGAACAUUUGUACAAAGAUCUAUCUCAAGAAGCCUUGAGGUUUUUAAUGAUGUUAUUUAAACGAACACCUACGAAACGUCCUUCGGCUGAAGAAUGCCACGAACAAAGAUGGUUACUGCCUACAGAGUACCUUAUCAAGAAACGAGAAAAAACCAGCUUCGAAACGACGAAGCUCAAGAAAUUCUCGGACGAGUAUCAUUUAAAGAAAAGUGCGGAAUCCACGAAAUCCAAAGAAUUAGAAUCUGUGAUUGGAGGAAGACUCACACGAUCCAAUAGUAUAGUAGAAGAAUUGGAAAUUCUGAAUACGGCCCGCUAAUCGAAUUAAUUAAUGAUUAUUAUUAUUAUUAUUUAUCUAUUGUUGUUGAUUGUUGACUAAAUAUAUCGUUUUUAAAAAAAACACCGCCAGUGUUCAUUUCCAUACUUUUUUUCUUUUAGUGUGAAGUGGAAUAAAACCAUCAAAUUCGUCAUAAUUUUCACAAAAAUAUACUCUUAUUCAACAAAACAUAAUAUUUAUUGCGAUACAUAUUUACGAAAUUAGCGCAUAUUUUACAAAUUGCGUUCUGAAUAUCGAAUCUGAACUACAUAAAGGGUGGAAAAAACGUACUAUUCAAACACAUACAGAAUCCGGAUACUUUGGCUCGAUGAUAAGGUUACUAUUUUUUAAUGAUGCGACCCACCACCACCGAAAAGGCAUCGAUACAUUGUAGUAACAUGAGGUGGAUAAUCUCCGUACUUAUUCUUAUAAUACAGGUAUUGCAAACUGCAGAUAACCGUAGCAAUGGCGAAUCCGUAUUUCACGCCUUUCUUA